CCGUUCUCGACUCAGCUGCCCUAAAGCAGCGCCUAACCCAGAAAAAGAAGAGCACUUUUCACUCGAGUGACGUAAACAGGCAGGGAUCGGCGGCGGCGGCAGAGGAGGAGGCCGCGCGCGCUAUUCCCCCCCCCUGUACUCCCUCCCUCUUCUCCCCUGUCAGCGAGCAGCCUGAUUGGUCCAGGCCUGGAAAAGAGAAUUCGAGAAUCCCGAAUGUGCAGGCCGCGGUGUCCGCGAGGCGGAAAAAAAAGCAAAACAGCCCGAGACAAAAGAAAGAAGGGAGAAACGCUUCCUCAAGACCGAAGGGGGAGAAUCCGAAAGCAGGUGCCUGCAGUUGAGCAACAAAAGAAACCGGCAUUAAGUCUCGUUCUGUUUUGUGAGAACAUUGGAUCAAAUGUGAAGUUCCUGGGACUAGCAGAUCAUGGACCAAGGAGGUGGGGGGUUGGAACUACAAUCGCAGGAUUUAAAAAUGCCGCACACAAUGAUCAUGCAGGACUUUGUGGCAGGCAUGGGUGGCAUGGCCCAUAUUGACGGUGACCACAUCGUAGUGUCUGUCCCAGAGGCUGUGCUGGUUUCGGAUGUGGUGACUGAUGAGGGGAUCACCCUGGAGGCUGAGGUGAUUGAGGGGCCGGACAUUGAGCAUGGGGACGAAGUGACCACAGAGGGGGUGAUGUUACCCGAGUCUGUGCUGGGGGCAGAGGUGGCCAUCGAAGAGGCCCUAGACCACCACGUGUUGGCCACGGACCUGAUUGCUGAGCAAGUGAGGGACCAGGUCUUUGUGGCCGACUUGGUAUCCCACCAUCACCAGGAUGGACACUUGCACCACCAUGUAGUGCAUGAAUCUGAGAUGGUCUCUGAGGAGGUGAUGGUUACAAAUUCAGAUUCAGAGACAGUGAUCCAAACACAUGAGGGAAUGCCAGCUUCCACCGUCACCAUCAAAACUGAGGAUGAUGAGGACGGCAAGAGCACGUCUGAGGACUACCUGAUGAUCUCCUUGGAUGAUGUAGGGGAGAAGCUUGAUAUUGGAAACACAAACUUGAAGAUAAGCACUGAGAUGACGCAGGGCGAUUGUUCGAAAGAAGACGGCUAUGGUUCAGAGGUCAUCAAAGUAUAUAUUUUUAAGGCUGAAGCUGAAGAUGAUGUGGAAAUAGGUGGAACAGAGGUUGUGACAGAAAGUGAUUUCCACAAUGGGCAUGCAGUGCUGGAGCCAGGGGGAGUGGGGAGGCUUCACAGAGAGAAGAUGGUUUACAUGGCGGUCAAAGACUCCUCUCAGGAAGAUGAAGAUAUCAACUGUGCAGAGAUUGCAGAUGAGGUUUACAUGGAGGUGAUCGUGGGAGAGGAGGAGGCUCCUUCCAUCCAAGAGUCUCAGAUGGAUGAUUCCAACAUCAACAAGACGUUUGUCCCUGUGGCCUGGGCGGCUGCUUAUGGUAACAACCUGGACACCAGGCUAGAAAACAAAAAUGGUACUGCCACCCAGUAUCUACAGAUUAGCGACAGCAACAGCACCAGCCGGGUGCUGAAACAGAAGGCCAGGAAAAGGAAGAGGGGAGAGACCCGGCAGUGCCAAACAGCUGUGAUCAUUGGUCCGGAUGGGCAGCCCUUGACAGUGUAUCCCUGCCACAUCUGUGGAAAAAAGUUCAAAUCUCGGGGUUUCCUGAAACGGCAUAUGAAAAACCAUCCGGACCACAUGUUCAAGAAAAAGUACCAGUGCACGGACUGCGACUUCACGACAAACAAGAAGGUCAGCUUUCACAACCACCUGGAGAGUCACAAGCUGAUCAUUAAGGGAGAGAAGGUCCAUGAGUUCACGGAGUACACCCGGCGCUAUCGGGAGGCCAGUCCCCUGAGCUCCAACAAACUCAUCCUACGUGAUAAGGAGCCUAAGUUGCAUAAGUGCAAGUACUGCGACUAUGAAACUGCCGAGCAGGGCCUGCUAAACCGCCAUCUCCUGGCCGUCCACAGCAAAAACUUUGCUCAUGUCUGUGUGGAAUGUGCCAAAGGCUUCCGUCACCCUUCUGAGCUGAAGAAGCAUAUGAGGACACACACGGGUGAGAAGCCGUACCAGUGCCAGCACUGCGAGUUCCGCUGUGCUGACCAGUCCAACCUAAAGACUCACAUCAAGAGCAAGCAUGGCACUGAUCUGCCCUACAAGUGUGGCCACUGCCCACAGGCCUUUGCUGAUGACAAGGAGCUCCAGAAACACACAGAGAUCUUUCAGGGCCACAAAACUCACCAGUGUCCACACUGUGACCACAAGAGCACCAACUCCAGUGACCUGAAAAGGCACAUUAUUUCUGUUCACACCAAGGACUUCCCACACAAGUGUGAAGUGUGUGAAAAGGGCUUUCACCGGCCCUCAGAGCUCAAGAAGCACUCAGAGACACACAAGGGCAAGAAGGUCCAUCAGUGCAGGCACUGCGACUUCAAAAUCUCGGACCCUUUCACGCUUAGUCGCCACAUCCUGUCGGUCCACACCAAGGACCUCCCGUUCAAAUGCAAACGGUGCAAAAGGGGCUUCCGGCAUCAGAAUGAACUCAAGAAGCACAUGAAGACCCACAGUGGCAGGAAAGUCUAUCAGUGCCAGUAUUGCGAGUAUAACACUACGGACGCAUCAGGCUUUAAACGACAUGUCAUAUCUAUUCACACCAAGGACUAUCCCCACAGGUGCGACUACUGCAAGAAGGGUUUCCGGCGGCCCUCGGAAAAGAAUCAGCAUAUAAUGCGACACCACAAAGACGCUCUAAUGUAAUGUUGUAUUGCCCCUUCCUACUCUUCCCUCUUUUUCCUUGUUUGGGGAUGUCGGAGGGGUGGGGCUGGGAAGAUUGUUUCUAUGGUAAAUGAUGAUCCAUUUUAGUGAACUGUUCUCCUGGUCAGUGCUGAUUCACAUAUUUUCAUUCAUUGUAAAAAAAGAAAAAUAAUAGUCAGAAGUAUUAAGAGUCAAGGGAGGGAGGUGGGGGCGGGGGAAAUGUGUUUGCGCUCUCUGUUUGGCUUUCUUGUCUUUCGUUUUGGUUUGUCUUGAUUAGAAGCGAAAGAAUCACUCAUCUUAAAUAUUCAGCGGUUCAAAUACCAGACCCUCCUUAUUUCAAAAUAGCUUUACAAAUGAAUUUGGUGCUGAAAUUAAUUCUGUCCUUUCCACUUUAAACAGCGUCUCAUCAAUUGGGAUAACUGCAAAACACAAGCUUUCGUUUUCCUUUUAACAUUGUCAUACAUAAUCAAUACAUUGUCAUUUCAAAUGUCAUUAAAAUGGGGAAGAAGGUUGUGAGGUUCCAGCUGCAUUGUGACAGUCCGUUCUGUUGGUUUCUCUCAGUGCAGUGUGAAUCGAAUACAUCUUAAAGGAUUCUUAUUAACAGCUAAUCGUUAGAACGGAAGCUUUAGGUACCUCAUGUAGGAAGUAUUUAGUUAACAGGUUUCAUGUUACCAUUAAGACUUGGGUUGGAGCUUUUUCCAACUUUUUGGAAACAUACACAAUUUUCAUAUCGGUAGCCUUAAGAAUUUUAGAUCUAGAUGUGCGAACCCUUACCAACCCCACCAUGUCUACAUGCUUUAGCUAUGAAAGGACUUCAGAUUACAUCAUCUUCAGAGACUUGAGUCAAACUAUUUGAACCCCUGAACAUUUUGUAUACAUUUGCCCCACUGUUUAUUUUUUUUCCCUCAAUUAAAUAUUAUUGUCUCCCUAAAUAAACCUUAUAUUGCUGAUGCAUAAAACUCAGAGCAGCAGUGAGUGUACAAACUGGUGUGCUUGCUCAAUGACAUGCAUUGUUUCUAGAUAUUUUGUAACCCGUGUAUAUUUUACAAUAAACUACAGAUGGCCAUAGAGUUAACCCAUUCAGCCAUCCCUGGCUUUUAUUCUGGACA